ACGUUGCCAUGCUGCCCGAUUACGUUUAUGGCUCCGAUAGCGCGUAUCUCCACCAGCCAGCCCGGGCUCCUUUAUCUGGCUCCCGCACUCUCCCGGGGGGAUCGAUGAUACGACCUCUUACAACGAGAGAACUGAGAAAGCUUGUAUCACCAGCAGCAGCUGGUAAAUGGGAAGUGGUGUCCCGUCCGCUGCCCCACUGUGUAUUGCACAACCCGGAGCUGACUGGCUGCUGCUUGUGGGGCUGGGCUUGCUUUGACAGUCCGAGAGCACUCGAGAGCACAGAAGGGACGGUGCUGCGUGAACAAUCAGAGUGCAGGAAGCCAAUCAGUAGCUGAACAGGAUGAGCAGUGAGACCACCCAGGAGGUGGUGUCCGUGCCCCCUCCGCCAACCUCCACCCGAAAGGAGGGCUAUUUCGACCAGGUCUCUGAGAACGAUCCGGAAUACCUUCGGCUCAGGAACAUGGCGCCAGCCCUGAGGCAGGACUUCAACCUGAUGGAGCAGAAGCGGCGGGUGACCAUGAUCCUACAGAGCCCGGCAUUUCGAGAUGAAUUGGAAUGCUUGAUCCAAGAGCAGAUGAAGAAAGGAAGUGACUCCAGCAACCUCUGGGCUCUGCAGCAGAUAGUGGACUUUAUGUCGAGCACUCCAAUAACCAUUCCCACCUCACCACCAGACAUGAAAGACCGCAAUUUCUGGAAUCUGGAGCGAAAAGCAAACGGCUGGAGGAACUCAGCGAGUCAGGCAGCAUCUGUGGAGAGAAAGGGAGUGACAAUGGUGGCACCAAUCAAUGACUUCCGAGCCAUGGAGUCGUUGGCCUUUGUCAAGGGAGAGAGGCUAAUGCGUUGUAAGGUGGCCAGCAUCCAUCGGCUCUUGGACUUGUUUGGAUGGGCCCAGCUUGCCAACACGUACAUCACGCUCAGAGUCAGUAAGGAACAAGAUCAUUUCCUCAUCAUUCCCAGGGGAAUUUCCUAUGGUGAGGUCUCUGGAUCUAUCCUGGUGAAGGUCAACAUUCUGGGCGAAGUGGUCAGUCAGGGUAGCACCAAUUUCUCGGUGGACACGGCUGGGUUCAGCCUACACUCAGCUAUCUACUCCGCUCGACCGGAUGUCCGCUGUAUAAUUCACUUGCACACACCGGCCACUGCUGCGGUUUCAGCCAUGAAAUGUGGUCUUCUGCCUUUAUCCCAUGAAGCCUUGCUGGUUGGAGAUGUGGCUUAUUAUGAAUAUAAUGGAGCACCUGAUACAGAGGAAGAUAGAAUCCAGCUGCAGAAAUGCCUGGGACCUACGUGCAAGGUGCUACUUCUAAGGAAUCAUGGUGUGAUAGCACUCGGUGAGACUGUGGAAGAGGCCUUCUACAAAAUUUACCACCUUCAAUCAGCCUGUGAGAUACAGGUCUCGUCCCUCUCCAGCGCCGGUGGAGUAGAUAACGUCAUCCUCCUGGACCGUGACAAGUACAAACCUCAUGAACUGGGCUCGGUGGGCUGGGCAGGCACUACCUUCGGACCAAUGCAGAAGAGCCGAAUUGGGGAGCACGAGUUUGAGGCUCUGAUGAGGAUGCUUGACAACUUGGGGUACCGAACUGGCUACGCAUACAGGCACCCGAUCGUUCAGGAGAAGACAAGGCACAAGAGCGAGGUGGAGAUCCCGGCCACCGUCACCGCGUUCACCUUCGAGGAGGACGAUCUUCCGCACCACCCGCUCAGGCAUCACAGUCAGAAACAGCAGAAGGAGAAGAGCCGAUGGCUGAACUCUCCCAACACCUACCUGCGCGUCAGUGCCAACGAAGAGCCUCCGGGAGGUCCCAGUAGUCCUCGGGCCAAGACCGCGUGGCUGAAGGCUGACGAGGCCAAGAAACCCAGCAGCGGAACUCCGAUCAAGAUCGAGACUCCCAACCAGUUUGUGCCUCUUUUUACAGACCCCCGGGAAGUGCUGGAAACGAGGAAUAAGAUCCGAGAGCUGAACCGGCAGGAUAUGAAGUCGGCGGGACCGCAGUCGCAGCUACUGGCAGGCGUCAUCACGGAAAAGAGCCGCAGCCCGUCUGCAGAAGGAAUGCUGCCUUCAGAGGCCCAGGCUGCGACCGAGCGGGAUCGACAGGCGCUGGAGCAGGAGCCUGAGCCCCCGAACCCGUUCAACGAGCUCACCGACCAGGAACUGGAGGAAUACAAGAGAGAGGUGGAGCGGAAACAGCUGGGGCUGGAUGGUCCAGAUGAGGAGGAUACCUCGGCAGGGAUUUCUCCUCUGAAGACCCCUCUCACUUCGCCAGCUAAGUCACCCACGUCUCCCAGGUCACCAGGAGAAACCAAGCCGUGCGAAGGCUCGAAGGCGCCAGAUGACGCUGAGACGGUAGCCCCUGAGGAGGUGUUCAAUGGGAAGGAGGAGGACCAGACUGUGGAUGAGCAGCUGAGCAAAGGCAUGCAACAAGUGACGACCAAUGUGGAGAACGGCACCGAGCCGCCCGUGAAACCGGCCAAGGACAAGACCGAGUCCGUGACCAGCGGCCCUCUCUCGCCCGAAGGCUCCCCUUCCAAGUCUCCAUCCAAGAAGAAGAAGAAAUUCCGCACUCCGUCUUUCCUGAAGAAGAGUAAAAAGAAAGAGAAAACGGAGUCCUGAAUUGGGGAGGGGGAGCAAAUGUACACAACAACUUGCCAAACAGAGAACCGUGGUGUAGACCAGCUACAUCAAUUGAGUACACCAAUUCUUGUCACACUUGCACAGUUGACAAUGCGGACUGGCAGAACGAUACCACCUACCUGAACACAGAGGGCCUGAAUUUCACCGCUCAUUGGUUUCACGCCUCUUAUUUAACGCAUUUUACAAUCUGCAUUAUUUUAAUGAGUCAGGGUCCCAUUCACCUUAAAUGGGUCAGUGAUUUAGUUAAAACUCUGCAGACGGAAGCGCAGUGCACCCAGAUGAAUUUCGUUCCGCCUUGCCGUGCCCUACUCCGCGUAGCAGACCUGGUUACAGGCCUGGCUCCUAUGUCUGCGACACUGGCUGUGCUGAGUGAACAGUGUGCAGUGCCAUUUGCCCUGGGUGUGGUGGGUAAGUGUUCAAACAGAUGCCUUAAGCUGAUCCCCUGGACUUCAAUGAAUGGCAGUGAGAACGGAGGGUGUUCUACCAGAGGGGAAGACCGUGUGCAGUUGAGGCGGAGGGAGAACCCACAGAAUUUUAACUUACUUACUAACUGUCUGUUACACCGCUGGCGUUUAGGGCAGCAAUGAAGAUCCUCCAUCUCUGGCGGUGUUCAGGGCUUCCUUCAUCGUGUCAGUUUUCACUACUGUCAGUCAUGCAAGUCCCGGGUGGAGACUCAGGAAUACCGUCGCACUCAGAUGCAGAAGGAUUCUUCAUUGCUGUUUCCGUAACAAUUUCAUUUUACCAGUCGGGGUUGUUGGCCCCGAGCUGAACCCCCGAAGCUGGAGGACCGGUGGACCACUCUUCGUCUGGCCUCUGCCCUUUGGCCUGUUUGGCAUGGGUGACCCUACCAAGAGUCAAAGCGUAAAGCCCUGGCUCCAGACAAGUAGCUCUCCAUGUUGCUGAGGCACACAAGCCUCCAAACCCUGCAACAAGGCUGCGGACCUCUCGGAGGACAGAAUCCUGUGUGUAAUAUUUAAUGACACGGUCAUUGGAGCUCAGCAGAAGGUAGAGAACAGGUGAUUUAAAGACCAAGUAUGCAGAAACAUCUCAAUAGUAGAAAGGUGGUGUGCUUCAAUAAAUUCAGAGAGAAAGGAGGUGGACUGAGCAGUUAACUAAUGAGAUUUACCAAUCAGACCUGCCCUGAAGGCUGCCUCCUCAUUGUGUAAUGAGGGACAUGGUUGGGUGCCUUACAGUUGAGUAUUUAUAAAGUUCACUAUUUCAGUGAAGGCCAUGCUGUUUUCCGCAGUCUGUCUUUCUUUGAUAGCAAAAGAUCCCCUGCGAUAAAAUCCAGCUGAGAGGCAACUUCUUCCCUCAGAGCACGGUGUGUAUAUGAAUAAGCUGCCAGCGGAAGGGGUUGGGGCAGGUACAAUAAAAGCGUUUAGACAGUCCCAUGGAUAGGAAGGGUUUAGAGCAGGGACUCCCAACUUGGGGUCCAUGGUCCCCUUGCUUCAUAGUAUCAGUCCAUGGCAUAAAAAAGGUUGGAAAUCUCUGGUUUAUAGAGAUAUGGGUCAAACACAGGCAAAUGGGUCCGGUUUCAUGGGCAUCAAUGUCGGCAUUGAUAAGUUGAGCUGAAUGGCUUGUUUCCAUGCUGUGUUACUCAAUAGUUCAAUUACUUUGCCCGGUUGAAUUGCUCGUAUUUAUGCAUCCAAAGAUGGGCAUUUGGUUCCAGAGGUGAAUCCACUUGUGGACUGUUUCAGCUCUUGAUGGAAAUUGGACCAGGCACCCCUUGUGGCCAGGACACU